CUCUAGAAAUCAUUCAUCAUUUGACAAAAAUCUUAUGCAUUGUAUGGAUUUUCAUUAACUCUGAAAUCACAACGCUGAACCUACUUCUCUAAGCCAAAGUAGCAGUUGUCUGUUUGAAACAAAAUACGCAUCCGAGUACGCUUACAUACAAGAUGAAAAGGAGAGGUAAACUAAGAGUACAAUUGUGCCGAAUAUAGCGCUGAAUAGUUCAUUCGUGCACAGCUCACCUAUCUGAUGCAAUCGAGCUAACUGAGCAGGUUAAACCAUGUGUACCACUAACGGGAGUGCGCUUCAAGAUAAGUCAGAAAGGUUUUACUUUCGCUAUCAUUACGACUCGCGUCACUAAACAGUUGAGCAGUAUGUGAAGAGAUUAGUGUUUAUUGGAAUUGGAAUUCUACAUUUAAGAAAAAAGUGUUGUGUUUGAAAUCUCUUCGUUUAAACCAGCAGCAAGAAUGGGACUAAGGUUUUUAGUGCUUGCACUUGUUGGUCUCGGGUCAUUGUACGUAAUGCACCUCUUAGCGCAAGACUUUAUGAAACUAUCAAAACCACUUUUUAUGGCAUUUGGAAAACGAGAGACGUCCUCAUUUAAUCGUACGGAUCUUCUAAGCAAUUUUGAGAAACGAAUAGACUGGAACGGUAUGCUGAAAAGAGAUCCAUUUAAAUGUUCUUUGUCGCUUAUAUGUCAACUUGCAGCCGGCGCAGAACCUAAGAACAACGCUGCCAACGCCAUUUAUGAGUUUAUUUUUUACAGUGUAGAAAACAACAAAAAUGUCCCUAGAAGGAUAGUGCAAUCAUUUGAACGAGGUCUCAGUUUCAACAAGACGGAAUCCAAGAAUUGCUUCACUCAUUAUCCCAUGUGUGUUUACUCGGCAAAAACAAUGAUGAAGCUUUUAGAUCUACAUGCGAAAUUAUUUGGAACGUGAUAUACUGUGAACAUGGUUGUAAAUUGUCGCUAAAUAAUAAAACAUUCGGUUACCGCUCGUAUUAUGCUUCACAACAAGAUUAAUUGCCAAUUUCAGUUAUUGCACAACCAUCACAACAAAUCAUUAUUUGCAACCCUUUUUUUAUUUCAUUUUUAAGUUUUAUAAUAGAUGGUUAAUUCACUAUUUAAAAGACCACUUACCACUACUGUAUUGCACCGCGAUCGUGUUACACAGAAAACAGUUUUUUUAUGAAUCAACAAAUGAAACGUAGGAAAUGUUUUGAAAUGUCUGUCAACCUGUGCCAUUGUCACUCUAUACUAUUCUAUAAUAAUAAACAGGCAUCAUAUCCCAUGCUCUCUUCUUUUAUUUUGGCUUUGAGCACACAAAAAACGACUGUAAUUCAAUCGCAGUGGCAAAGCGUCAUAACACGUGUUUUCAUGUGAAUACGAUCUGAAAUAAAAAUCAACCUGUAUACUGCAUGCAUA